GAAACCAGUCCAUAGGAAAUUAUAAUAUAAAUGAAAACUGAAUGCCCCCAUUUGUUUCCAAUUUUUUGAUCAUUUUCAGGUCAAUUCUUUCCCUCCCCUAAUGCCAAGUUUGGUUGAUUUUCCCCCUCUUUGGGAUUGACGGGCUCAGCCUCUCUUCGAAUAACUGAAUACCAAAGAACACCCCUUCCACCCACUUCCACCCACUUCCACCGCCCCCUUUCAGCUAGUUCAUAUUGACAAAUCCUAGUUCCAUUUCAAGAUUGCCCCUCUGCAAUGUGUAUAGAGCAAAAAUCGAAAAAGAGAGACCCCCACUCUGAAUUGAAUUCCGUAUGAUGAUCAUUCUGCAUUUUCUUGCAAAAAAACCUAGAAGUUUCUAACAUGUGUAAAUCUGUUGAGGGAAAUUUAUGCAUAUACUACCAACUAAUGAUACAUUUUAUGAGAAUAUGAAUAAACUGAGACAGUGAACACAAGUAAGAGGUUGAGUGGUUUUCUUUUUUCUAAAACCGCCCAUUAAAGCUUAUAAAAACAAAACAAAUGCCUAAAUCGAUUUUCUGAGAUUUAAAAGUUGAUCAACAUGGAAGAAAAAAGUAACGACCUUAUUCUGGAAGACAUUGAAGAUACUGAAGAUGACCAUCUGGAUAAGUAUCAACCAAGUAUCUUUGAUCAACUUCCAGACGAAAUCCUAAUCAAAAUUCUUUCCUACGUCAGUGAAACGGACCUGGCUCAAAAGAUAUGUUUAGUGUCAAAGAGAUUUUAUCAGCUUGCCAUGGAUGCAUCGUUAUGGACCGAUAUUCGGCUUCCCAGAGACAAAACCAUGGAAUUCCAAGAGUGUUCUCUCCUCCUGUCGAGAUCUCCAAUGUUGCAAAAGCUUCGCAUGAGAGAAAGAUCUGACUCCAAUGAACUUGCCGUGCUUGCCCUUGAAGUUUGUCCCAUGAUGCGAACAUUGGAGCUGAUCUAUUGCUCCAAGCUCAAAACUGACUUCUUUGAGACGUUAGCAGAUAGGCACAGCUGCCUGAAAGAGCUCAACCUGUGGGGAUCCGGUUUGGAACAACAUCAUUUAGGAGAAUAUGCUUUCUCCUUAUCAAGCCUAACCAGGAUUAACCUUUUCGAUUGCCGAGGUGUAGAUGAUGAUGGGUUGGUUGAAUUGGCAACAAAGUGUACUCGCAUUCAAUCCAUUAACAUCAAGGAAAUAACUCAAGUCGGGGAUCGAGGUGUGGAGGUUCUCAUUGACCAACAGAAAGAGCAUCUCAAGUCUUUGGAACUAGAUGGGGAGAGUCUGUCGGCCCAAGCAUAUCUAAAACUACGGCUUUGCCUCAGGUUAACCGUCCUGGACGUCAGCUUUGCUGAAAAUAUGGACGGUGAGGCACUUGCAGCUGUCUUAAGUUUAACAGAAUUAAAGGUCUUGACGAUCAAACGGGGCAAGAUGCUUACAGACUCUGACUUUGUUCUUGCAUUCAGCACCGGAAAAUUGAACUGUCUGACGUCCUUGGAUUUGUCGGAAUGUUCGGGGAUAGGAGAUGAUGGAUUGAUCUCCAUCGCCAUGAGUUGUUCAAAACUUAAGAGAUUUGAUCUUAAUUGGUGUUGGGAGCUCACAGAUAGGGGAGUAGGUGUAGUGGUCGAGAGAUGUCCGGAUUUAGAAUCCCUGGGCCUUACCGGAAUCGUCAAGUUGUCUAGUAAUCCAAUGGUUCCUAUGCUGAAGCAACUCCCGAAUUUGGUAUACCUUGAUCUUCAGCAAUGUCCCAAUAUUAAUGAUGAUAUCAUGCGAGAUAUGGUCAGGGCCAAACCGACUCUAACAGUGAUCAAUUAUUACGGGGAGAGUUUUGUAUUUCAAUCUGAUUAAUCAAAAAU